AUGACGCUUUGCAAGAGACACAUCAAGCGAGAAAACCAGGUUAACUCAACGGGUAGGGUACACAAUCCAGAUGUGUUAGAGCGGUUGAUUCAUGAAAAACGGCAACUGUUGCUGGCUGUACCGCGGGCGCGCACUCACUUGCCCAUAGAUUCACCACUUACGCGAGCAUUUCGCACACUUAAUAUUGUUGCAAGUGAUGGCAAAAACAGGGUCGCCUACACGACUGACCAAAUUAAGAUAAUUAUGGGCCUCAAUAUUUCUAAUGUCCUGAGACAGGCUGGGGAUAAAGCGGUGUGA